AUGGCACCUCCAGGCGAACCAACACCCGCCGGCGCAGCCGCCGCCGCCGCUGCUCUCCCAACCAUCCUCCCUCUCGAACUCAUCGACAAGUGCAUCGGCUCCAGCAUCUGGGUGAUCAUGAAGACCGACCGCGAAUUCAGCGGCACCCUCCUCGGCUUUGAUGACUACGUCAACAUGGUUCUUGAGGACGUUACUGAAUACGAGACCACUGCAGACGGCAAGAAACACAAGGUCAAGCUGGGCCAGACGCUGUUGAACGGGAACAACAUCUGCAUGCUCAUUCCCGGCUCGGAAGGUCCUGAAGACGCAUAG